GAAUUUCCAUCUGUGGCAUGCGAACCAUAUCGUGUUCUUCAGCAGGUCAUGCUACGCUCCAUCUGAUCUUUCGGUCUCUUGUUCUGAGCGAACACCGAAGAUCUUUUAAAGAGAGAAAUCCGCAGUCGCGAAGCUAAGUGGUAUACCCUCACUCUACAGGAGGACGCGGUCAGAAAGGAGUCCGACUGUCCGAACUCGGUGCCUAGGUUUUGCAGUCGACAUUACUGUGUAGUGUAUGUAUAUAGUCUGCCGACACAAACCUCUUGGGCUGUCUGAACAUCAUCAGUACGAACAUCGAGCCAUCAUCAGGACGAACACAAACAUGAAGGUCCUUCUUGUUGGCGCAACCGGCAACCUUGGCCUUCGACUCGUUACAGCACUCCUCACCCGUGGUCACACCGUCGUCGCCUAUGUUCGUUCCUCGAGCAAACUUGAAUCUCUUCUUCCAGCAAACGUAUACAGUGCGGUCACCGUUGUUGAAGGUGACGCUACAGACACAGCUUUGAUCAGUCGAGCAAUCUUGAAGAAUGACUGCGACGCUGUAGUCAAUACUGCCGGUGUAGCAGCGAUGGCACCUUGGAAGAGAAGUAACCUCCCAGAAAUCUUCUCUGCAGUGCUGGAAGGUGUAAAGCAGGCUGGACUGGAGAGAGGAGAGCCAUUGCGAGUCUGGUUUCUAGGGGGUCUGGGUGUAUUGCACUUUCCUGGAACACAAACCAUGCUCUCGAAUUAUGUACCUAUUUUCUUGGAACAUCGUCAGAACAUUGAGCGCCUACGAGCCUUACCACCUGGUUCAGUGAACUGGUCUCUGCUUUGUCCGAGCACUAUGAUACCCGAGAAUCUCGGAAUCAGUAUGCCGGUGACGUCCACGCACGGCAAACUGACUGCCAAUGCUACGACUCCUCCACUGUGGAUGGACUCAUGGCUCAAGUACAUUCCAUUCCUCGGAAGAACUAUCUUGGCUGCAAUGAAUGCUCCAAGGUAUGACACCACUCUGGAGCAGAACGCUGAAUUCAUCGCCAGCGAUCUUGAAGACCAAGACAGUCGUUGGAGUGGAGUCACAGUGGGGGUCAUCGAUGCAGCGAAGUGAGCCUUUGCAAGAUUCGCCCUUCCAAAAUAGCAUCCAGGAUAAGGUUCCAAUACCGUUGAGAUAUGGCAUACUUUGACGUAGCCAGGAUGUCCCGUCGAUGGAGUUAAGGCCCCGAUGUUGGUCGAAUCAGGAAGUCUGGUUGUCUGGCUAAGAAGAUAG